GGGAAAAAACAGAAAGUCAAGCAAUGAGUACAGAACUGUGAGAGAAAAGAGAGCUUGAUUUGUCGAAGAUUAUACUUGAUUGAUUCACCCAGAUUUUAUUUUUUGCACCAAAAUCAUAUAAAGAGUAAAGAUGGGAAGAAGAUCAAUCAACACCACAAAAAGUGGGAAAUUCAUGAAUCCUACUGACCAAGCCAGAAAAGAGGCCAGAAAAAAGGAGCUGAAAAAGAAUAAGAAACAGCGUAUGAUGGUCCGAACAGCAGUCCUAAAGGGAAAAGAUCCUUUGAAGUUACUGCAAGAAAUGGAAGUCAUUGAUCUUAUGGAAUUCAACCCUAUUGAUGCACCUAAACUUAGUGAAAAAGUCUUAAAAGAUAAGAGAAAGAAGCUCAAAGAAACAUUUCAAAGAGUCUUGAAACUUUAUGAAAAGGAAAAUCCAGAAUUGGCAAAAGAUUUACAGAAGCAAGAGGUUGAAUAUGACAGAAAAAGAGAAAAACUUCAAGUUUACUAUGAACAAGUAAAGAAUGCCGAGAGAGUAAAAUUAGACCAGAUUCCUUUACCAGCAUUGCCACAGCAUGACACAACUACAUCAAUGAUACCCUUACCUGGGGAUAUACCAUUACCCUUAAGCCAAGACAAACCACAUGGAAUACUGAAGAAAACCACAUAUGAGAAAAGUCUAUCAAAUUUUGACUUGGAAGCAGCGAGGCGACGCCCACCACCAGGCCCGCCCCCUGGUCCUCCUCCUAUCUUGAGUGACAGUGAAGAUGAAGAAGAAUAUGACCCUGCUAAAGGCAUUGAAGAAAAUAUUGGUACAGUUGAUGUUGAUGUAGAACAUCCACAUGAUGUUACAGAACAUCCGAUGGAAACAGACCAUUCUUCAGCAGGUAGUAAACAGAAGAAAAUUAGAUUCAUAGAUGAUGACUCUAGAAAUCCUGAGGAAGAGGAAAAGGACACCAGACUGAAAUAUGCUCGACCAAAGGCUGCUGGAGUUACUCCUCUUCAGGCAAAAAUGUUAAAGUUAGCCGGACAGCAGGCUCCAAAUAAGGAGAAAAAAGAGAGAAGAAGAGAUAGCGAUGAGUCAGACUCAGAUGAUGAAAAGGCAGACAAAUCACAGGAAGUUUCAUCACGCUUGACUGAGAGCACCCCAAUAGAGGGAACAGACACACAACAGGCAGGAAGAUUAGUCCCCCCUGGACCCCCACCUGGUGCACCUCCAGGAGUACCCCCUGGUGUACCUCCAGGUCCCCCUCCAGGUGUACCCCCAAUGAUGUUCAGACCUCCACCUUUGAGAAGUGGUCCCCCAGGAGCACCACCCAGAAUGUUGCCUCCUGGUCCCCCUCCUGGAAGGCCACAGGGACUACCACCGGGACCCCCACCAGGUUUACCUCCCAACUUACAGAUGCCAGGGCAAAGGAUGCCACCUGCUCCUCCAGGAGUGCCUCCUCCCAGGAUAAUGCGACCUCCUUCUGGUCCCCCAGGUGUAUUACCCCCAGGAUUGCCCCCUCCUCCAGGGGUCGGGCCUAAUCCUAAUGUUCUCAGUGCUCCUCCCAGCAUCAUGAAGCCUCCUCGUAAGUCUGGGGAGGAAGAAAAGAAGAAUAUGGCCACCAUAGAAGCCAAACCACAGAUUAAGAAUUUGAUGGGUGAUGUUACGAGAUUUAUGCCUACAGCUCUUAAGGUUAAGAGAGAAGGAAAGGAUGCCAAGGGCAGAAUAAGAACCCACACCAAAGAAGAGGAGAGACGACCAAUAAGUAUGUCCCAGGUGGCAGCACCGGCUGUGACAGCAGCACCAACAAAAACAAAGGACGAUGCAUAUGAUCAGUUCAUGAAGGAAAUGUCUGACUUACUAUGAUACAACCAAGGUCAAGAACAAGUUCCCUCCCUUGACAAUGUUGGUAGUUUCAUCCAAACAGUAGUUAUGGCUGAUUCAUAAUGUCUGGAAGUUUGAAUUUGUUAGUAAUGGAGGACUUAACCCCAGAGACUACACCUAGAGGAAUAAACUAGCUAUCUAAAAUGCCAUAAUUUAUUCUUCAUAUUUACUUUGAAAUAUAUUUUAUGAAAUAACAAAGUUCUGUAAGUGAACAGAGUGGGAGAAUACAAUUACUGAAAUGUUUGUUACUGUGAACUUUCAUCAGUACAUUCUGAUUUUUAAGAUUUAAAGAUCAUGUAUAAAUCUAAUGAGAUUUGUGUUAUGCCAUGCAAGGUUUUAAAUCUUUUUCAUUAAAAAGAGAAUUGA